GAAACGCGCUCGUUUUGCUGCUUUCAUCAGAUUGAAGAGGUUCCCUCUAUCAGACUCGCUCAUCUGAGUUGGUCAUGAUGCAGGAUCGCUGCUCGCUCUCUCAUCCAUCCUGCUCACACUCUCCGACGGAAAAGGCCCGAAUCUGAAUGUGACUCUGGAGGAAAAAGCGGUUAGCUCUACUCCGUGAACUCUGCUGUUAGCUAAACACGGCUAAAGAAAACCUGCUACCACUUCAGGAUCAUCCAUCAGCAUGGACACAGCUCCUGGUGAGAACCAGCAGGACCCAGAACACCUCCACAUAAAGGAGGAACAGGAGGACCUCGGGACCAGUCUGGAGGGAGAGCAGAUCCAUCUGAAGGAGACUGAUGCUGCCAGGUUUCCAUUCACUGUAGUUACUAUAAAGAGUGAGGAUGAUGAAGAGAAACCUCUGAUCUCACAGCUUCAUCAGCAGCAGAUAGAUGACAGAGAUGCUCCAACCAGCAGCUCAGCUGACCAGAUGCCAGCAGAAACUGGUGGAGGAGCAGAGAGUAGCAGGAACGCUGAUCUGAAUCUUCGUGAACAAACAUCUGAUUCUUCAGAGACUGAAGUUAGUGGAGAUGAUGAAGAGGAUGAUGAAGUGAAUGUAGAUUUCGAGCUGUCAGACUCUGGGUCUGAAACUGGAGACGAAGACUGUGACUGCACUAAGAACAGGUCUUCCGAGUCAGAUAUUAGGACUGUCAACAAAUCCUUUAACUGUCCUGAGUGUGGAAAAAUGUUUCUCCACAAGUGGUCUUUCCAGAAACACGUUAGGGUGACCAGUCAUUCAGCAAUAAGGUCUUCAGGCUGUUUGGCUAAUAAUAAAUGUGUUCGAAUGAAGCAACAUGUAGGAUCAUGCAGCAAAGAAGAACUAAAAUCAUUUAGUUGCGACGACUGUGGAAAAACAUUUAGCACAAUAUCACUUUUAAACAGACACAGGAGAGCCCACACAGGACAUGAGCCUUUUGUUUGUGAGGUCUGUGGACAAAGAUUUAGCCGUAGGUCAAGUUUAAACACACACAUGAGAGCCCACACAGGACAUGAGCCUUUUGUUUGUGAGUUAUGUGGACAAAGAUUUAGCCGCAGGUCAAAUUUAAACAGACACAUGAGAGUCCACUCAGGACAUAAGCCUUUUGCUUGUGAGGUCUGUGGGAAAAGGGUUAGCCAGAAGACAGAUUUAAACAGUCACAUGAGAGUCCACACAGGACAGAAGCCUUUUGCUUGUGAAGUCUGCGGAAAGAGGGUUAGCCAUAAAACAGAUUUAAACAGUCACAUGAGAGUCCACACAGGACAGAAGCCUUUUGCUUGUGAGGUCUGUGGACAAAAAUUUAGUUUAAAGUCAACUUUAAACAGACACAUGAGAGUCCACACAGGACAGAAGCCUUUUGCAUGUGAGCUCUGUGGACAAAGAUUUAGUCAGACGUCAACUUUAAACAAGCACAUGCAAGUCCACACAGGGGAGAAGCCUUUUACUUGUGAGCUCUGUAGACAAAGAUUUAGCCGAAAGACACAUUUAAACACUCACAUGAGAGUCCACACAGGACAGAAGCCUUUUGCUUGUGAGCUCUGUGGACAAAGAUUUAGCCAGACGUCAACUUUAAACAGUCACAUAAGAGUCCACACAGGGGAGAAGCCUUUUACUUGUGAGCUCUGUAGACAAAGAUUUUCUCAAAAGACACAUUUAAACACUCACAUGAGAAUCCACACAGGACAGAAGCCUUAUGCUUGUGAGCUCUGUGGUCAAAGAUUUAGUCAGACAUCAACUUUAAACAAACACAUGCAAGUCCACACAGGGGAGAAGCCUUUUACUUGUGAGCUCUGUGGACAAAGAUUUAGCCGAAAGACACAUUUGAACACUCACAUGAGAGUCCACACAGGACAGAAGCCUUUUGCUUGUGAGCUCUGUGGACAAAGAUUUAGCCAGACGUCAACUUUAAACAGUCACAUUAGAGUCCACACAGGGGAGAAGCCAUUUACUUGUGAGCUCUGUGGACAAAGAUUUAGUCAGACAUCAACUUUAAACAAACACAUGCAAGUCCACACAGGGGAGAAUCCUUUUACUUGUGAGCUCUGUGGACAAAGAUUUAGCCGAGAGACACAUUUAAACACUCACAUGAGAAUCCACACUGGACAGAAGCCUUAUGCUUGUGAACUCUGUGGACAAAAUUUUAACAAAAACACAACUUUAAAAAAUCACAUGAGAGUCCACUAUGGCUGAACGAUGUAUUGUUUUUUGAUCAAAAUUGUUAUUUCAAACAACACAAUCAUAUGAUUGCUUGGACUGCAGUUUUUGUAGUCCUCCUGACUGACCCAGGACCUUUUGUGUCAGCUGUUGUAGGCAUCCAGGUUUUCCUCUGGUUUUAAAAAUGUUGUGGCAAUAGUAGCGAGCGGGGGUGGGGCCAUGGGGUUAUAGGAGCUUCCUACCACAACAGGACAGUCUUCUUGCCAUGCUCCAUUGGAACCUCCGCAGCUCUGGCAAGUCUGGUGGCUUGCCAAUUACAAUGUUCUAUUGGUUUGAUUGUUUCUAUUUGUCCAAGUGGCUGGGGAGAGGGAAGUCUGGGCCUCUUGACUUAGGCUACUGCCCCUGCGACCCAACUCCGGAUAAGCGGAUGAAAAUGGAUGCGACCCGACUCCGGAUAAGCGGAUGAAAAUGGAUGGAUGUUUAAUAGGCAUGAUAAUGCGACAGAGUGGGAAAAGAUGCUGUUGGAUCAUCUGAAACAACUUUGUUAUCAACUUUGGACUAUUCGACGUGUGCUUUUAUUUUAAUCAAGAACAGAUAGAUGUAUUUAAGUUCCCUAUUUAGAAAAGAAAAGAGUAUUUUCAUCUUCAACAGUGUAUGGCAGACUAACAUCUGUCACAUUGUUUGUUGUCCAAAAGCCUAAAGAGACUUCUUUCUGGUUGUAGAUCCUGUCUAAUGACCAACUGGUCAGACCUUGGCGAUAAUGUGGGGCAACUGUCCUUUUUACGAAAGAUUAAGUGAAGCUUUAUGGAGUAUGGGGUGGUCUCUGCACUGCCAUGGACUUCUGUUUAUCUUUGACAUAACUUGCUUUUUAUUGCAAUCAAAGCCGUGCUCAUUAAGUUUUUUAUUAUAAGUCGAUUCUAUAGGCGUCCUCCACAGUCUACGUGCAGUCUUUGGUGGUCUGAGCUCCAGCUCUAACAGAGAAAAGCUCCUGGAGCUCUGCAUCACUCCAGUUUAUCAUCUCAACUGAUUUCUUUUACAAAGCAAAACUUGUUGCCCGUGUUUACUUUCAUUUUCAAUGCUGGUAAAGGUUCUCAGUCAUCCAGGUCAUGGUAAUCCAAAGGGUUCAAAUGAAGGCAACUAGACAUCUUUGGUUUCUUGAAGACGUUUUGCUUCUCAUCCAAGCUUAUAAGCUUGACUCCCAUAGUCCAGUUAGAAUUGACAAAGCUCCUCGGAUGAGAAGCAAAACGUCUUCAAGAAACCAAAGACGUCCAGGUGCUUUCAUUUGAAACCUUUGGAUUUCAUUUUCAACAAAGAAGAAGAAAAUAUCAUUUCUAUAGCGCCUCUAAAGAUAAAAGUCGCGAGGCGCUUCACAAAAACAAAAAAAAUGUUAAAAUAUAAAAAAGCAUUUAGAAAAUGUUUAAAAAUAUAUUUAAAAUGAGCAAAAAUAGGCAAUUGGGAUUUAAAAGAAAAAAAUGUUAAGAAAGAGAGAGAGUGAACAGGAAAGAGGGUAAUCAGUGGAUCCUGAGGAAGGUGGAAUAGGUGGGGAGAGCAGAAUAAAGAGAGGGUGGUGAAGAAGGUCAUACAAAAGCCAGCUUGAACAAGUGAGUCUUCAGCUGCUUUUUGAAGGAGACCACUGAGUCCACUGAUCUCAGACUCAGGGGGAGAGAGGUCCAGAGUCUGUGGGCCACAGCAGCAGAUGAUCUGUCACCUUUGACCUUUAGCCUGGUGCUGCACAACCAGUAGGCUUUGAUCACUGGACCUCAGGGACCUGCUGGGGGUGUAGGGACUAAGAAGAGCACCAAUGUAAGAUGGUGCUUGUCCAUGUAGGGCCCUAUAGACCAGAACCAGGAUCUUGAAAUGAACCCUGAAGUUGACUGGCAGCCAGUGAAGCUGGAGGAGAAGCGGGGUGAUGUGGGUGUGUUUGGAGGACUUGGUCAGAAGCAGAGCACAGGCGUUCUGAACCACCUGUAGACGGUUCAGGGAGGUUCUGCUCAGACACGUGAAAAGAGAGUUACAGUAGUCUAAACGUGAGGAGAUGAAGGUGUGGAGAACUGUCUCAAGUUCAGAGCGGGACAGAAUGGCACUCAGCUUAGCAACGUUCCUGAGAUGGAAGAAGGAAGAGCCAACAAGAGAACUGACAUGAGAAUCCAGGGUGAGAGCUGGGUCAAAGGUCACGCCAAGAUUCCUGACGGAAGGUUUGGUGUGAGAAGCAAGCUGACCAAGAGAGUCUCUGACUUUGGGAACCAGCUUGUCUGGGGCACAGAUGAGGAUCUCAGUCUUAUCUUCAUUCAGCUGAAGAAAGCUCCCACCAUCCAGGUUUUGAUAGAGUCUAAGCAGGUGUGUAACAGCUGCAGCUUAGACAUCUCAUGGGGCUUGAAGGAGAUGUACAGUUGGAUGUCUUCUGCAUAAAGAUGGUAGGAGAUUCCUUUGAAGGAGCUCAGGAUGUGCUGAAGAGGAAGCAGAUAGAGGAGGAAGAGCAGAGGCCCCAGCACAGAACCUUGUGGGACACCAUGGGUAAGGGAGGUGGUGGAGGACCUAAACUUGGAGACGGCCACAGAAAAGGAGCGCUCAGAGAGAUAAGAGGAGAACCACUCCAGAGCAGAUCCUGAUAGGCCUACCCAGUCUCUGAGCCUCUCCAGUAGCAGGUGAUGGUCAACAGUGUCAAAGGCUGCAGUCAGGUCCAACAGGACCAGAACAGAACAGUCCCCUGCUUCUUCCAGAGGCCAGAGCUCGGCAGUAACUCCCCACAUGAUCAUGACAGGGUUCACUCGUACUCAAUGUCCCCCGCCUCCCCCUAAACAUUUCUGAUGUUCUGUCGGAAGUAGGGAUGAAUACCUUUGACGUUUGAAUCGAUACGGUACCAAUCCUCAGUACCUACAAAUCGAUACUGAUACUUAACUGCACCAAUUUUUGACACGUUUGAGUGUUUAAUAAUUAUUUAAAUAUCUUUUUUAAUUAAUUAUAUAUUGUUUUUCCAAUCUAUAACCAUAUUUGAUAAAUAUGAUUAAUAACAUUCAAACUGUAUCCGUGCACUCCUAUUCCUCUCCUUUCUCCUCUGGACAAUUUGUGUGAUGGUGGGUCCUUGUAGUAGCAAAGGCUGCAAAUUAAACUGAAGAAAACAUUGCUGUGUAUCUUCAUUCCUUUUGCCGGUCAUUUUCAAACUGUUGGUUUUUCCUACUCUGAAGUUGGAAUUUCUGAGGAGAAAGCCAAUGCACCAUUAGCUGAUAGCAAUGUAAACAAAAGCUAAACUAUCAAGCUAACAGUUUAUUUAGCUGCUGAAGCAGAUUAAGAUGCCUCAUACUCAGAUCAUUGUCGCUGGUUUCAUCAUCACCAAACAGCCCAUUGCGUUUAGUGACGUGAAGCUAAACUUUAGAGCGCGUUUGCUUUCUUCUAGUUGGAAUUUCGGAGUUCCAAGGAGAAAGCAAACACACCAUUAGCCGAACGGAAGCUAACAAAUCACGCUAACAUUGUCUUAAACCUUUUAUUUUCCUACCGGAACAGAUUAAGAUUAUGUUGCCUCACUUAGAUGGUUGUUGCUGGUUUCAUCAUCACCCAGUUACCCAUCCCAUUUAUUGAAGUGGACCCAAACUUCAGAACACUUCCUCUCUGCCUUGCUGCUUUCUCUAUCUACAUCUCGCCCACAGUGACUGAAGACAUUACGCUCUGGCGCCUGUGUUCUGACUAUACAUGCUUCCUCGUCAAAUAUUCCUACUGUAGUGUGUUACGACAGAUUCACUCUUGUUUACAGUGUAGAAACACGCUUAUUAAGCACGGUUUAUUUUACAUAGGUGAUAUUACUCAAUAAUACAGAACCGUAGUAUAAUUAUUAGCAAAAAUAUACUGUUUAUCAUGAUUUAUUUAUGAAAAAAAUAGCCGUGUUUGUCAUGAUUCCAUGGAUGACUGUAAACAUUGGGAGAAAUUUCUUGUUUACAGUAUAUUAUAUUAGAUACUUAUUCCAUGGAUCUCUGUUAAAUUUCAAUUUUAAGGACUGUUACCGACGCAGGACUCUGGCUCUGGGCCAAGACCUGCACACUCUCUCGUGUGAACUUUCAGGACCUUGGACAGGUUCUAAUCUCAGCCAGGUGUGCUGGCGUGCUCGUCUCAGCCAGGGAAAAUCAGCAAGCAUGAUCCAAUCGCGUGCACACACACACACACACAUACCUUGACUAAGCAGCAUACACCUCCGACCACACCCCCUCUCCUCACCGGGUCUCAAGGGCUAUGUCUCAUUCAGGACCAUGGACAGCGAUGCUCCGACACGGUUCGGGACGACUCAUCACCUCCGGGAUCUUCCACCCGAACCCCCGGUCCAGAUAACAACAAUAAAAUGAACAGAAGCAAAUAAAACGGCCUUAGAGGACUAAAGCAGACCCGAUGAGAUACCCGGAUGAAAUGAUUCGUUUCCUAUAAGCCGGGCGGACACUGUGCGACUUUUUCACUCUUAGCACUCAGCUUCAGCUCAAACUGUACGACUUCCUCACAGGGCAGAUCUCACGAGUCAUGCGCUCACAAUGUACGUCUGGUAGCAACACGUCGUCCCUAAAAAAUAUGCAAAAAUAGCAGUUUUUACUCAUCACGUUAGACUUUUUUGUCUUGCCUAUUGUCCUUCGGGAGUGCUGCAGGAGGACACGCAGGAAUUUAUGGGGGUUGGAUGAGGAAAACAAAAUAAAGAAAGUAAAUCUGUGUUUUGUGAUCAGUUUAAUUUGACAUGAACACGAGAAACAUGCUUUCUUGACAAUAUUUGUGAGUAAAAAAAGUGUAGUAAUUAAAACGAACAACGUGUGUUAUUAGGGAAAUAGCGGGCAAGCGGUGUUGAUGCAGGAUUGCGCAUGCGCCGUGAGCGGUUCUGAUACUUUUUGGGUCGCAGCUGCUCGCAGCGCCGCUUCAACAGUGCGAUACCCUCACGAGGGACGAGCAAAAUAUUAAACACGCCAGAAGUCCGUGCGACCUCAGACUGUUGAUCGGUAGCUGGUCACGUGGUGUUAAUCGCCUCUCGUAACCCCCUGUACACUACACGACGCUCGGCGCAAAACUCGCCCCGAUCUCGUGGAUUCUUGCACGAGUGGAAAAUCGGCUCAAAAAAGUGAAAAAGUCGCACAGUGUACGCCCGGCUUUACCGGAUUAACGUCAGUGCGAGGAAAAGCAUCGCUUAAAAGGUCCUUGCGUGUCCGCUGCGUGCUGCGCGUCUGUCUCCCCCUCACACCCAGUCCUGUCUCAGUUGACACUGCUGACAAUAUCAAUGAUGUCAUCCGCAGACUCCGGGAGAUGCCCGAUUCCGUCAACUGUUGCGUCCACUUCAACGCGUCAUCAGCCGGGGGGGUGCCGCUGUCCCGCUCCUCUUCUCUCCACUGCUCUGCCUCUGUGAGGAAAACACAAGGAAAUACUUCAGGGGGAGCGUUCACUUCUCCCCAGAAUCCACAGGCACGCAGGUUACAGCAACAAUAUUUCACGUUCCUUUACUUAGCUGUUUGGUAGGCGCUGAAUUAUUUUGGUUUCACGGUUGGAUCCUCCCGCGGCAUCCUCUGGUUUCUCCCAGGAAACAGAAAGCACCUGUGCUGCAAUCCAAGCUGGUUUCAGGAGUGCAGAUCCCGCUGUUGCUCUGUUGCUGCACACCCCUCCUUCACCUGUCAGUGUCCUUAUAAAAGAUCCAACCCCCUCAACGGUCCAAUCCCGAGCCGUACAGGUCUGUGAUUAUGAGCUGCGCAGCUGCUCUCAUUUGGAACUUCAUUGUCCCAUGCUCAAAAAACAAA